UGCCGUUCUGCGCUUACACAGUAUGGCCGGCGAUAUUAGCUAGCACUCGCCUACGGUAUUCUCUGUAAAAGGGAAGACGGUAAAUACAAACAAAAAAUAAGGCAACUACAUCUGGACUGCUCAAGGACUGUAACUAAGCUAUUAAGUUAUAACCGCCAACGAAGGACUACAUAAUUUGUGAUUCCAUCCGACGGUUUGUUUUCUGUUGUUGGAGUCUGUUUGUCUCACGAUGGAAGAGAGCAGUGCACACUUCUUCGAGGGGACCGAAAAGCUCCUGGAGGUGUGGUUCUCCCGGCAGGACGAAGCCAAAGGAACCGGGGAUCUGCGCACAAUCCCUAGAUUUGAGUGGGACAAACUUCUGGAGAAUGUGCAUUGUUUGAUUAUAAGUGUGACAAAGACUGAUAAGCAGGAAGCUUAUAUACUCAGUGAGAGUAGCAUGUUUGUCUCCAAGAGACGUUUCAUUUUGAAGACAUGCGGAACCACCCUCUUACUGCAGGCACUGGUGCCACUGCUGGAGCUGGCUCGCGAGUACUGCGGCUUUGAUGCCAUCGAGAAUUUCUUCUAUUCUCGCAAAAAUUUUAUGAAGCCCACCCAUCAAGAGUUCCCUCACCGCAACUUCCAGGAGGAAGUCGAGUUCCUCAGCCAGAUUUUUCCAAAUGGAGCAGCCUACUGUAUGGGACGUCUGAACUCAGACUGCUGGUAUUUGUUUACGCUGGAGCUGCCGGAGUUCUGGGAGAACAAGCAGGCGGACCAGACACUAGAAGUUCUGAUGAGUGACCUCGACCCAGCUGUGAUGGACCAGUUCUACAUGAAAGACGGUGUUUCUGCUAAUGAUGUCACUCGUAUGAGUGGAAUUCGUGACCUGAUUCCAGGUUCAGUGAUUGAUGCCACGAUGUUCAACCCUUGUGGAUACUCCAUGAAUGGAAUGAAAACAGAUGGAACUUACUGGACGAUUCACAUCACCCCUGAACCAGAGUUCUCCUAUGUCAGCUUUGAAACCAACCUCUCCCAGACAUCCUACGAUGAGCUGAUCCGCAGAGUCGUGGAUGUCUUCAAACCAGGGAAAUUUGUGACUACGCUUUUCGUCAAUCAGAGCUCCAAAUGUCGCAGCGUUUUCUCCUCUGCCCAGAAGCUGGAGAGUUACCGUCUGCUGGACCGCCAGUUGGCCCACUUCAACGACUACAACUUCGUCUUCACCAGUUACGCCAAGAGUCGCCAGCAGAAGCAGAGCUGAUCCUCUGACAUGAAGAAGCGUAAGAAGAAAUCCUGCUGCUGCUGCGAGGAGCGACUCUGCGGCGGCGGCCGGCGUAGUCUUGUAGCGCAGGGCUGUUUUUCCUGCGUGGAGUCUUCUGGCUGUAGAUCUUCCCUGAGUUUAACAUUUAUGCAUUCUUGUACCUAUGACGUAGAUGAUAAUAUUGUGCAUGAAAGCUCUUCUCGUGUCUCCGUAGAUAUUCUAGCCCAUUCUUGCUGUGAUCUUGAAGUGCAUGUAGAGUUCUCGACCGCGGCGGUGUGCGCCAGGCAUGUCACACCGUCUCGAUACAUGCAACGCUCACUUCCCUUCCUGCAAGUGUGUCCUCGUAUCCCCCACAGACAGGGUUUCAGACCUCACUAGGCCAGGACCCUGACAUGCUCAGAUCUUGAUAGUUUGGGUGCUUCAUUUCCUGUCGGUUUAAUACAUGUGACCUUUGGUGGAUUACUGAAUUAGCGACUGACUGAUGUGUGUGUGUGUGUGUGUGUGUGUGUGUGUGUGUGUGUGUGUGUGUGUGUGUGUGUGUGUGUGUGUGUGUGUGUGUGUGUGUGUGUGUGUGUGUGUGUGUGUGUGUGUGUGUGUGUGUGUGUGUGUGUGUGUGUGUGUGUGUGUGUGUGUGUGUGUGGCUAGCUGUCCUUAAAACAAAUCUAGUUGAGCCUUAUAGACUGUAAUAUGUCUAUAAAGGGAUAGUUCACCCAAAAAUGAACAUUAACUCACUCUCAAAUGUUUCCAAACCUUUGAUUUUCUUCUGUUGAACACUAAAGAAGAUGUUUUGUAGAAUGUUGAAAACCUGUAGCUAUUUACUUUCAUAAGCAAACACUAUGGGAGGGUCAGUGGUUGCGGUUUACAAACCUCCUAUCGUUGACUUUCAUAGUGUUUGUGUAUGGAAGUAAAUAGCUACAGGCUUUCAACAUUCUUCAAAACAUCUUCUUUCAAAACAUCUUUCUUUUUGCUUAACAGAAGAACAUGUAUAGGGGUUUGAAGCAAGUGAAGGGUGAGUUAAUGAUGACUGAACUUUAUUUAUUGGGAGAACUGUCUCUUUAAGUGCACUAGAGAAGUGAAUGUCUUGAAAGUAACCUAAUUGUGACCUGUAGUUUUGGUGAAAUAGUAUUGGUUAGUGAAAAAAUGCACUUCUAUUUUAACUAAAACAGUAGUUCGAUGGUUAACCACACACUAAACAUGCCGGUUUAUUUCCAUUCCUGUGUGAAGAAACCGAACUCGCUCCUUUCUCAUCUGAUAGUCAGAAAUACUGAAGUCAAUGUAUCAGCCUUAAAGGGACAGUUCACCUAUAAAUUCUGUCAUUUACUCACUCUUAACUUGUUACAAACCUUGAGUUUCUUUCAUCUGUUGAACACAAAUUGUUUGAAGAAAGCUGGUAACCAUCGACGUCCAUAGUAUAGGUUUUCAACAUUCUUCAAAACAUCUUCUUUCAAAAUAUAUUCCUUUGUGUUUAACAGAAGAACAUGUAUAGGGGUUUGAAGCACGUGAAGGGUGAAUAAAUGAUGACGGACCUUUCAAUUUUGGAUUAACUGUCUCUUUAAGUGUACUAGAGAAGUUAAUACCUUAAAAGUAACCCAAUUGUGACCUGAAGUUUAGGUGAAAUAAUAUUGAUUAGUGAAAAAAUGCAGUUCUAUUUUAAGUAAAACGGUAGGUUGAUGGUUAACCACACAGGAAUGGAAAUAAACCGGCAUGUUUAGUGUAUAAAGAAAUGAAACUCGCUCCUUUCUCAUCUGAUAAUCUUCAUCAGCUUUAGUCAGACUCCAGAAGUCAAUGUUUCAGAUGACUGCCUUAAAGGGACAGUUCACCUAAAAAUGAAAAUUCUGUCAUUUACUCACUCUUAACUUGUUACAAACCUUGAGUUUCUUUCAUCUGUUGAACACAAAUUGUUUGAAGAAAGCUGGAAACCAUUGACGUCCAUAGUAUAGGUUUUCAACAUUCUUCAAAACAUCUUCUUUCAAAAUAUAUUCCUUUGUGUUUAACAGAAGAACAUGUAUAGGGGUUUGAAGCAAGUGAAGGGUGAAUAAAUGAUGACGGACCUUUCAAUUUUGGAUUAACUGUCCCUUUAAGUGUACUAAUGAAGUAAAUACCUUAAAAGUAACCUAUAGUUUUGGUGAAAUAGUAUUGGUUAGUGAAAAAAUGCAGUUCUAUUUUAAGUAAAACAGUAGGUCGAUGGUUAACCACACAGGAAUGGAAAUAAACCGGCAUGUUUAGUGUAUAAAGAAAUGAAACUCGCUCCUUUCUCAUCUGAUAAUCUUCAUCAGCUUUAGUCAAUGUUUCAGAUGACGGCCUUAAAGGGACAGUUCACCUAAAAAUUAAAAUUCUGUCAUUUACUCACUCAUGUUACAAACCUGGAGUUUCUUUCCUCUGUUGAACACAAAAGAAGAUGAUUUGAAGAAAGCUGGAAACCUCCCAUAGUAUAGGUUUUCCUACAGCGGAAUUCAAUAGUUACACGUUUUCAGCAUUCUUCAAAAUAUCUUCUUUUGUGUUCAACAGAGGAACCUCAAAGUUUUAUAAUGCACAAGUAAACAGAGAGUUCAUCUUUGGGUGAACUAUCCCUUUAAAGUGUAAUCAGCAAUACGCAACCAUCAGGUGAAAUCCAGCAUCGUCUUCCUUCCUCCAUUGCUAAAACGGCCUUUAUUUUGAGUGUAUAAACAGAAGACAAAGCGAUUGGCUAGCUGAAAGUGUUCAUAAAAGAAGCAGAGCUGGAUUUUUCUGAAUAAUGAAGCCGGAUCAGAAGAAACCAUUAGGCUAGUUUCAGUCAUUGUGAAGGACCCCGGGGCUGUGCCCGCUCAAUUGAAACGGUUGGACAGACACUUUGCUUUCGUGAGCCGAUCGCACAGCAAAGCAUUUUUCUUUUUCUAAACAAAAUGAGUUUCUCUCUCUCUCUCUCUCUCUCUCUCUCUCUCUCUACAGAAGCACACAAUAGACACACUGAUCUGAGCAUGUCAGGGCUGACCCGGAUCAUUCCACACCCCACCGCUGCAUUAACUCUGCAGCUUUAUUACUCGUUCUUCUGUUUUUUAAUGAUUAUUUCUCUCCACAUCCUCUCUGUGCAUUGAAGGAAAUCAUUCAACACUUUUCCCCUUUUGCUAUCGCAUGCUACUAGCACAUAGCAGGAUGUUUACUGCGCGCUGUCUCUGCUUCGGCCCUAGGUAACGUUCAUUUUCUGUCGUGUGACAAUCUGGGUUUACGUGAUGGUCGUGCUGUUUAAUUUUCUCCCUCCCUGUGUUGAUGGAAAACAAUGACGUUGCUGGUUUGGUGUUGAGGAGGAUGGCGUUUCUGUUUCGUCUCCUUUUUGGUAGCUGAAAUCUCUUCUAAAACUUUAAACACACGUGGCUUUCCCCACAGAAAGCCUUUAAUGAAUGUCUAGUACGGUUGACGGAUGUUUACAGGAGCAGAUUUAACGAUUGGAUGUAAACCGCUGCUAGGAGAAAUCACAUGAUCAUAUAUAUAUCACACCUAGCACUUUCAGUAAAUGGUUGCUACUUUCAGGUGUUUACACGUGGGAUUUACACACAUGCUCAUAUAGAGUUGAGGGGGAAACCUUGAUGUUGCGGACCAACCUGUUCUGACCCCGUUCUGAGUUUAAUUUAAUUCCUUUUCCUCCUCCUUCAGAUGAUUUGGACCUUCUUUUUUUUUUUCUAUUUCGACUAGUUAUUCCCCAGCCUGUGUAGGUUGGUGAGGAAACCCUUUAGAUAGGGUUGUGGGAUUUUCACAGGAAGUUGGGAAGGGGAAACUUUGCUGUUCCAAUUCUCUUGCUAUUUCCUUGGUCAAGAUGUGCUGAAUAUAUCUGUACUAAGAGCUUGAUGCUUUCAAUAAAGUUAUUAACUAUCA